AUGGCGAACGGUGUCCAAGAAUUUUCAGCUCAAGCUGACCCACAGCGUUCCUGGACGUUGCAGGAGGAGAACGACUGGUUGCGAGCAGUUCUUCGGCUAGCAGAGGCGCAUAUCAAGCAUGAGAAGGAGGAGCUGAAGUCUCUCAGAGUCGUCUUUGAUAGGAGCAAGCAAGAUGCUGAGCAGCAUUACUUGGCAUUGGAGGCAAGAGUUCGCGCAGCAGAGAAAGAUAAGCAGGAUUUUGAAUUGAGGAUCUUCCGGGAAAGAGAACAGAUUAGAAGUUUGGAGGCUUCGCUGAAUGAUCUCAGGGCAAGGAGCGUCAGGACUCAGGAACUUGUACAGAAAGCGUACUCGGAUGAGCAGGGUUUCCUUGAGAACGUUAGGAAGCUCAAAGCUUCCUUUGCAGGCGAAAAAGCGCGUUUGGAACAAGAAGUGUCUAGAGUUCGGGCUUCUUUGAUGCAGGCAGAUUUGAUUUCUUCUUGUACGACCCCUCAUUCAUCAAGUGCAGGAGAGGCAGAUGAGGGAGGAGGCAGUCCAGCAUACAGAGCGACAGAGAGUCAGAAUCGUAUGUCCGCAAGCUAUCAACCUGCGCUUUCAUCCAGCUUCUCGGGACAACCCACUCUCUCCUCGAGCCUCUCUGGACAGCCUUCUUAUUAUGCGGCGGGUGCACUUCGAUCCGAGCAUCUGUACAUGUGA